UUGAUCACGUUCAGAAGCAAAGAGUGCAUGUUGCGAGAAUGAUUGUUGAGUGGCCUUGGAUGUUGGGGACAUGGACGUGGGUGGACAGGCCACGUUGACCAACUCUGCCAUCAACACAUUGACCAUGAUGGAAGGUGGACGCCGUAAUACCAGCAAAUGCCAUGCAGAUUGCGAAGAAAAUGGCCAUUAUAUGAGAUCUUUAUCUUGGGCCCGCGCCCUUGAACGGAGGUUCAUAAUUAUUUGGGCGAUGUAGCGAUGGGGGACAGAGCGAUGCUCUAGGUUAGGCUAUAAUUCCUCUAGGUAAUUGACAAGGUGGUACAAGUAGGUAGCAUCUGAAAGUGUGCGCCACAGCACAAGCCACAGUUGACUCACGGAACCGAGCUCAGUCAGACAAAGCCUCGCUCUGACACUCACACCCUCACCUUCCAAUCCUACAUCCUCAACCCUAGGGAACGUCACCUGUCCUUCGCGUCACGAUGCCGUCGUACCUGGACAAGCAGCAGAGCGCCUUUGCGGGCUCGCUCGCAUCUGCUGCCUCCAAGAUCUCGAAUCCGACAGUCGCCGCACCUGCCAAAGCCAGCGCAGCGUCUUCGUUGGCACCUCCGUCGCCAUCGCCGUCCGCCGCAUCAGACACCAACACCACACCCAAAGCGAAGUCCAAAUAUGCGCAGGUGUACUCGCAGCCGGAAGCCACGGGGACGGGCACAGAGGUCCGGACGAACAUGGCCUACGCAGUGGAGAAGCUCAAAGACAAGGGCACGACGAUGACCGCGGAAGAGCUCGAGGGGUUCCUGAGCCUGGGACGCUUCUCGGAGCAGCAUAAAGAGGAUCUGAUGGCAGGGCUACGGAAGCAUCCGCGCGUCGAGUGGAAGGCCGACCCGAAAGUGAGCGAGCAGACGUGGAGGACGGGCACGUACACCUACCUGCCCAUCAUACCCGGCGUGAAGGACAAGCAGUCGCUGCUAGCGCAUCUGCAGAAGAAGAGAGAUGCUUCAGGUCUAUCAGUCAGGGAUCUCAAGGACGGUUGGCCAAAGUGCGAUCAGGCGUUGGAAGAAUUGGAAAGGAUACACAAGAUCCUGGUCUUCCGCACCAAGAAGGACAAUCUGCCGCGCGCCAUCUGGCUGGACGAUCCCUCGCUGCACCACCAUGUCAACCCAGAAUUCGUGACAAUGUGGCAUCGCACACCGAUUCCGAGCAUUGACGACAUGCACCGCAAGCUCGUCAGCGUCGGUCAGAAGCCUACCAGCGAAGACCCCCGCUUGGCCGCGGCUGCGUCAGCCAAACCAAAGGUGCAGAAGAAGAGGGCAGGCAAGCGCGUUGGCAAGACCACCAACGUGCACAUGGCGCAUUUGAUGAAGGACUACAACACCGGCAGACUGGGUUGAGGCAGGGCGUUGGUUGGUGGGAGCUGUGCGGAUCAUAAUAGCGUGUUUUGAACUAAUUAGCAUCGGCGUUUACGGGUGCGAUCAUCUUUCUCGGGCCUCAUCAGCCAAGGAAGGCAGGCAGACACGCACGACGGGGUUGAGAUUGGCGACUUGGGUUACACUCCAUGAGGGCGUUGGGGACACUUGCAUCAUCGAUACACACAAUCUGCAUCGCAUACGGUCUUGCGAGACCCGUACAAGAGAACGAGCCGCGGCGACGCGAAACACAAAAAAAACAUCAUUGGACUCAAU